AUGGUCUGGAGACGGGAGACCACGGCCGUUUCUUCGCUGAAGAAGGCAAUGUCUUGUAUACCUGUGUGCUCAAAGGGAUCGUCUCUGCGAAUUGCGCCUGAAAGAGCUCAAGCGAGCCAUGUCAUUGUGGUCUCAUCCAUGUCUGAAGCCUACGGAGUACCAAGGAUUCGAGUCGGACGGCGAACAACGACCGACCCAUCGCUACAAGAGACCUUCAUCGCUGCCAAGGGGCAAAUCAGCACCAGCGGCAGUAUACUCGGUGAGCUAGUGGCCGAGCAGAUCCUCGUGCGGCGGGACGAGGUCCUCCCCAAGACAGAAGCCGGGAUGCGCCACCGUCGGGAUUCCAUUGAUGCUUAG